UGAGGUGCCAUCAUGAACAAGAUACAUCGUCUCGACAGAAUACUGACACAUUUACGAUCUCUCAGUGCUUUCAAAGUGGCUUCGAUAUCACCGAGAUGUUUCUGUACGAAAAACGAUUCUUCAGAAGGAGACAAGAGCCCGACAUCUCCGGAGUCUCCCGCUGUUGAAAAAGAGGCGCAAAUAGAAACGAAAGAUAAUGCGGGGGCAUCAAAUACUGAGGUAAAAUUAAGUGGCUUUGCGCGAAGUUACGAGAAAUUCUCGUCCAUCGACAAAAAAGAACCGGAGAUACCGCAAACGUUUGCUUCCUUGAUUCGGCACUCCAAAUUUGUCGAUUUGGGAGACCCUGAAGGAAAAUUUGUAAUUGGUGAGAUAUAUCAUGUGGUUGAUGACGACUUGUACAUUGAUUUUGGAUGGAAAUUCCACUGUGUUUGUCAAAAACCUGUUAAAAAUGGACAGUAUUAUGUAAGAGGAUCAAAGGUUCGUCUGAGGAUCAAGGAUUUGGAGCUGUCCUCGAGGUUCUUAGGCGCUACCACAGAUAUAACUCUUCUAGAAGCCGACUGUAUUUUGAUGGGCUUGAUAUCAUCGCCACUGCAGAUGGCAGAACAGAAAGCAAAGAGAUCACGAAAACAGAAUAUCGUACCUUUUUAAUUUAGUAAUACUUGCAUUAUGUGCGAAUAAAAUUUGUAAUAUGGAUGCAGUAUAUAUAAUGGUCACUGCGUUCGUUUUGCAGAAA